CACUCGUACAAAAUAAAGAAUUGAAGGGCUGCCUCACUUUGCUGCAGAUAUGGUCAUGGGAGCGAUUGCAUAUGGGAACACCUGAUUUGAGGGAGGCCCGCGCUCUCGAUGGGCAUAUUCCGUUAGGCUGCAGAUGGAAUGUGUCCAGAUCUUGGCAAACCUCUCCAAAGGGGCAUGAAAACUUUUACAGAAAUGAGCUUGAUCAGAUGGAGGAUGAACAGGUCAAAUGGAUGCCCUACGAGCUAGUGUUGGAGUCACUACCGGAUAUUUGCCGAGAAGGUGAGGAUGUAUGGCGUGCUCGCGUCCCCCUUAUAUGCUUUGAGAUUGUCGAAAUGCACUUGCCUGACCGUGUGCUUCGACAAUUUGGACUACGGCAACAUAUUCCAGCGCCUGUGGAGAGAAUAGAGAGAGAUCCAAGAAAAGGUGCACAUCGUGCUAAUUGGCAAAUAAUUCGCCAAAAUUACAUCCAUAGGUGGGUUUUAAGGGAGGAACAGGUAGUGAUGGAGAGGGCUGAUGCACCUGACCUAGGUGUGUACCUACGGUGGUAUUGGGGGAUUACUCGCCGGUGGAUAUUUCAGGAAAACAAAGCCCCGAAGGAGUACAUACCAAGAGGCCCAGUCGAGAGAGAGUUGGUACAAGAGCUCGAAGAGCUUUCCGGAAUGGCACAUGACGCAUUGCGCACGACUACCGAGCAGGAGCCGAGGAACAUGUUCCUUCGAAUGAUAAAAAAGAUACGGUCGGCUCUUCAGAGGACGCGUCACGCACGCCGUGAUGGACGGGAGGAGCGACCAAUUGAGUUCGGGCGGCGACGUCGACGAGGACACACGGGGGCGGGAUCAAGCUAUGCGCAUGAUGAAGCUGGCGGCUCACAGCAGACUCAGGCCGAAUGUUCACAGGAGGUUCGAGACGACGCGGAUAACAUGCACUCCCAACUUCACACACAACCGGACGAGGAACUUAUCCGAGCUCACGUCGAAGGUGAUCGAGGAAGGGGGAGAGGAAGAAGAGGGAGAGGGAGAGGGAGAGGGAGAGGAAGAGGGAGGGGAAAGGGCAUUGUUGAAAUUUGUUAAGUUUCGAUGCACUUGAUAGGAUGUUUGCGUUUGAGUUGCAAUUUGGACUUGAUAUGUUGUUUGUGUUGCGAUGGAUUUGAUAUAAUGUUAAGUUUGCGAAUAUGAAUUGUACGUAUUAUAUUUGUGUUUGUGAUU